AUGCUGCAAUCGACUACAUCAAGAGGUCGUUCGCUUGAGAAUAGACUUGACAAACAAGCCGAAAGUCAAGAAAUUUUCAAACCUGGGACGAACUUCUCGAUCGAAAAAGAUACUACUUCUCUUCCCAAUAGUCAAAUUAGUACAGACAAUGAGUCGGAAAUGAAGAAACCAUCGGUUUCCGAAAAGGCAGAAUACCCGAAAAGCGAAAGGAAUGGUAUCAAACAUAAACCAACUAAUUCCUGGAAAAAUAAUGAAGUAGUACAAAACGGCGUUACUAAAGAGACGAAUGGAAACAAAACUCAACCUGUCCGUAGCGAUUCUCUAGACAUCAAACAUGUGGAAAAAUCUGAUAGUCCAAUUUCACCAUCAACACCCAAUUAUUCAUCCGAAAUAAGUUCACAAUCAGAAUCACCUUCCAUAAUACAGGAUGAUACUAAAUCCAAAAACCUCAUAACAAUGUCUGAAGACGAAGUACCUAUAGUCGAAAAUACGGAAAACAACAGGGUUAGAAAAAGACGACGUUGGGACGUUAGAGUGGAAAACGGAAACGAAGAAAACGGUUCCAUAGUAGGAAAUAAUAAGUCAGAAGGCAUGUCUCUUUUUUUUAUUUAUUUUUUGUCUAAUUUUCAAUUAUUCGAGGACGAAAAUGAAAAACCUCGAGCUGAAGUACAGAAUGAUCUAAAAAUAGUCGAACAGGAUUUUGCACAGUUGAGGGAUCAGUUAUAUCGUGAGCAAAUUGAAGAAUUGGAAAAGGACAUUAAAAUGAUAAAUGAAGGGACUCAUCCGGAAUUGAUUGCUCGCAUGGAAGAAAUUGAACAAAAAAGGCGUAGACGGUUAGAAAUAGCCGAAUCAAGAAAGAAAUAUCAAGUAAUCCAUUGUCACAAACAAUAUGAAGAAGCGGAAUAUAAGGCACAAUGCGAAUUUAUGUCGGAUAAAUACGAAUCACGAAGGAAGAAGCUCGACGAUAUGGAAAGCAAAAGAUGGCAAUUGAUUAAGGAAAAGAAUUGUUUAGAUAUAUUGGGCCGAAUAGAAUAUUCCGGACCUGAUCAUAACCAUUUAACUCAGCGGAAAAAUAUGAAAUUAUUAAACAUAGCCGAAUUAAAAUAUGUGCAAACACAUUAUGGCUUCCCAGCAGAUAUCCUUGACUUUUAA